UUUCAGUACCUUGGACAGCCACCAGCGGUUCUCGAGCAGUGAUUGUUUUCACAACUAAUUGUAGCGACUUGGCGAACAUCGGAUAAGUGGGCAUGUUCCGCCCUUCUUGCUGUCUGCAGGACUUUCCUUUCAAUCCCGUGUGCUGUUUCGUGAACCUGAUUUGUAACAUAAAGUGGAAUGGGGAGCGAUCAGUUGAGUACAGACACGCUCGGGUAAUCAGAGCUGCGUGUGGAGCCGAGGGGAGCGUCACCCGGGCUCUCAAAGCUGCUGAUAUCUUCCGUUCAACAGCACCCUAGCGUUUUGAGGAAAACAUCCUUUGGAAAUUUGCGAUGCUUUUGUUCCGAGAAGGUGGACCGGGGCAUUGUUCAUUGCCAUUCUCCGCGCUGGUGCUCGGGUCUGCUGGGGGACCCUGAGUUCUGGAUGUUCGCGGAAGGUCUGGUGUUGCCAAGCGGUGAGAGACUGUGUUGUUGAUGAUGCUUUUAUGACAAAGGGACGAUCCGAGAGAGGCAGAGUGGCUGUUAAGAGGAGCACAGACCGAACGGAUCGCAAAGGCUCUUUCAAUCGGGGCAAAGCAACCACAUCAUAUCAAACAUGCCUGUGCGAAGGGGGCAUGUUGCGCCGCAAAAUACCUUUUUGGGGACCAUUAUACGGAAAUUCGAGGGCCAAAACAGAAAAUUCAUCAUUGCCAAUGCAAGGGUACAGAAUUGUGCAAUUAUCUACUGCAAUGAUGGCUUUUGUGAGAUGACUGGAUUCUCGAGGCCGGAUGUUAUGCAGAAACCUUGUACCUGUGAUUUCCUGCAUGGUCCAGAGAGCAAGCGACAUGCGAUUGCCCAGAUUGCCCAAGCCCUGCUUGGCUCAGAAGAGAGGAAAGUGGAUGUCAUAUUCUAUCGCAAGGAUGGAUCAACAUUUUUGUGCAACACUCACAUAAUUCCAGUGAAAAAUGAAGAAGGUGUGGUCAUAAUGUUCAUCAUAAACUUUGAAUUUGUGGAUGAGGAGAAAUGCUUACUGUCUCCAGACAGCUUAAAUCACAUGUCACCAGCCAAAGACUCUCAUGGCAACCCUGUCUCCAGUGACACUUCUGCAGGCAGAGGAAGAUUUUUCAAACUGAAGCUGCCUGCAUUAAGACUUCUUACAUCCAGUAAACAAUCACUUCCCCAGGAGGACCCUGAUGUAGUUGUAGUGGAGCCUUCUCAAGUGAGUGAUGAAUCUUUGGCCAUGAAAGACUUGAAAUCCCCAACAAGUGAAAGCUGUGGUCCUUCAGAAUUUGAAGAAACAAAAGCAUUGACAGAACCUGGUAGCUCUCCUCCAUUUGUAAAUUUGCCAGGACCACUGGACCAUUCUUCACCAAAGCGACACUGGGAUGGAUUGAAUCCAGAUACGUUGCAGUCUACCUCUGGUCUAACAUGCAGUCAGUCAAGAGAAAGUGUGUGCAGUAUGAGGAGAGCUUCUUCGGUUCAUGAUAUUGAAGGAUACCAUGUGAAUUCUAGGAUUAUAUUUAGGGAUCGGCAUGCAAGCGAAGACAACGGACGACAUAUCAAAGGCCCUUUUAAUCAUAUCAAGUCAAGUUUAUUGGGUUCCACAUCAGAUUCUAAUCUCAACAAGUAUAACACAAUUAGCAAGAUUCCUCAAAUCACCCUGAACUUUUCUGAUAUAAAAGCUGAAAAGAAGAGUUCAUCACCACCUUCGUCAGAGAAGACCAUCAUUGCACCGAAAGUGAAGGAAAGGACACACAAUGUGACAGAAAAAGUAACACAGGUUCUAUCCUUGGGAGCUGAUGUUUUACCUGAGUACAAGCUUCAAACUCCUCGCAUCCACAAGCUCACCAUCCUACACUACAGUCCUUUCAAGGCUGUGUGGGACUGGCUAAUUCUUCUACUAGUAAUUUAUACAGCAAUCUUCACUCCCUAUUCUGCAGCCUUUUUACUUAAUGACAGGGAGGAACAAAAGAGAAGAGAGUGUGGAUACUCCUGCAGCCCAUUGAAUGUUGUAGAUUUAAUAGUGGAUAUUAUGUUCAUUAUUGAUAUUCUAAUAAACUUCAGAACAACAUAUGUAAAUCAAAAUGAAGAAGUGGUUAGUCAUCCAGCAAAAAUUGCAAUUCACUACUUCAAAGGCUGGUUCCUCAUUGACAUGGUUGCUGCUAUACCUUUUGACCUGCUAAUUUUUGGAUCUGGGUCGGAUGAAACAACAACACUGAUUGGUCUUCUGAAGACAGCUCGCCUGCUCCGUCUGGUGAGGGUUGCCCGUAAAUUAGAUCGAUAUUCUGAAUAUGGGGCUGCAGUUCUGAUGCUGCUCAUGUGCAUAUUUGCCUUGAUUGCACACUGGCUGGCUUGCAUUUGGUACGCCAUUGGGAAUGUGGAGCGACCGUACCUGGUACACAAAAUUGGCUGGUUGGAUUCUUUAGGACAGCAAAUAGAAAAACGAUAUAAUAUCAACGAUGCUAGCUCUGGACCAUCCAUCAAGGAUAAAUAUGUGACAGCACUCUACUUCACUUUCAGCAGUUUGACAAGUGUUGGUUUUGGGAAUGUGUCUCCUAACACCAACUCGGAGAAGAUCUUUUCCAUCUGCGUCAUGCUGAUUGGCUCAUUAAUGUAUGCCAGUAUCUUUGGUAAUGUCUCAGCAAUUAUCCAGAGACUAUAUUCCGGAACAGCACGAUAUCACAUGCAAAUGCUUCGAGUCAAGGAGUUCAUACGUUUUCAUCAGAUUCCAAAUCCUCUCCGUCAGAGACUAGAGGAAUACUUCCAACAUGCCUGGACAUAUACAAAUGGCAUAGACAUGAACAUGGUCCUCAAGGGAUUUCCUGAAUGUCUACAGGCAGACAUAUGUCUCCAUCUCAACCAGGCAUUACUUCAGAACUGCAAGGCAUUCAAAGGUGCCAGCAAGGGCUGCCUACGAGCUCUGGCAAUGAAGUUUAAAACCACACAUGCUCCACCCGGUGACACAUUGGUUCACAGUGGGGAUAUUCUCACUGCACUCUACUUCAUCUCUAGGGGUUCCAUAGAAAUCCUAAAGGAAAAUAUUGUAGUAGCAAUUCUUGGGAAAAAUGACAUCUUUGGCGAAAUGAUCCAUCUUUAUGCAAGACCUGGGAAAUCUAAUGCUGAUGUACGAGCGUUGACUUACUGCGAUUUGCACAAGAUCCAGAGGGAAGACCUUUUAGAAGUUUUGGAUAUGUAUCCAGAAUUUUCUGACUACUUCUUAACAAACCUGGAACUCACCUUCAAUCUACGAGAUGAAGGUUCAAAGGCAGACAUGCUACUCAGAGCAGAAACCAGUGAUGAUUCAGAUGAGGAGAUUCCCAGACCUCAAAGAAGAAAGCUUUCCUUCAAAAAGAAAAUAAACGAAGACGAUAACAAAAAUGAUUAUGAGUUACAUGAAGCAACUCCAGAUAUCACACAAGGAGAACAGCGAAAUUAUUCUAAAAAAAGAGAUUCGGAAGAAAAGCACAGUGUGUCAUCAUCAUCCUUUUCUACCUCUGUUGAUGAAGAGAAGAAACCAUUAUGUUCUGGAAUGUUGGACUUUCCUUCAGAGAUAGAAGAGAAUUGCAGGCUGGGAUUGGCACAAGGAUCCAAAAUACAAAGCAGAAAAGCGGAAAGAAGAGCCAAGGUAUCAGAAGGUAAUGAGAGAAAGCCAACAGAAUACCCUGAUAUGUCGACGCAGUCAGCCUCCUCUCCAGCAGCCUGUGGUGUCUCGGAGUCUGGAAGUGAUAUAACGUAUGGAGAAGUGGAGCACAGACUGGAUUUACUUCAGGAGCACCUCAGCAGGCUGGAAACACAAAUGUCUACUGAUAUUCAUACCAUCUUGCAGUUACUGCAACGGCAGUCCAUAUCAGGACCACCUGCAUAUAGUAUGGUAACAGCCACAAGGGAUUAUCAAAGAUCAUCUGCAAGGAUGGCACAGAGUGUUCAACCAGUAGUAUCUGUAAGGUCAGAACACAGCUUCCCAACAACACCACAGAGUCCAGAAUUUUCAGACUUUGAAAAAUCCAAUCUGAAAUCCAAAGAGUCUUUGUCCAGUGGGGUUCAUCUCAACACAAUAUCGGAAGAUAAUUUUGCCACAUUUUUGGACCAAGAACAGGAACAAAAUUCAAGAUCUCAGCAGCAACAGUCACCAUCCUUUCUGUGUCCAAUGCGGCAUCCUUCCUUACCGGACUCCUCACUAAGCACCAUGGGACUGCUGGGCCUUCAUAGGCAUCUGUCAGAUCCUGGUCUUCCAGGCAAAUAGCCAAUUAAUACUCUGCAUUUCUGUAGGUUUGCUGCUUUGAGUGGCUGUUUUCCUAUUUAUGAAUAGCAUCCUCCAUGUAUGACUCAGGGGUCUACAAUGAUACUGUCAUAUGCAAAAGCACUGUAGAUUCAUAUCAGCUCUGAGCUCACAAUGUUAAAGUUCCUCUUUGAUGAUGACCUGAAAGCUUCAAUAAGAAUACAUUUACAAUGUCGCACUGCCAGUAAUCUAAGGCACCUUAAGUGAUAACAAGCCUGAAAUGCAUGCCAUUAUAUUGGUUUCUGUGUUGCAUGAAUUUAGUUUGAACUCAAACUAGAGAUUUCAUGGGGUUGGGGGGAAAGAGAGAAUGACGCCUGUUAAUGUAAGUCUAACAGGCAAAGGCUGCAGUUCUGGUCUGAACUAGAUAUUAUUACUUGAAAUAACAGCUACUGUAAGCACACUGAGCUCAUAGCUCUUUCAAAUCAGUGGGAACUGUACAUUUUGUGCUUAAAAUAGCAUCUGAUCAUUCCACUAAACUCAUUUAGUUCAUCUUAUUUCUUUGUUCUCCAACAUGGCUAUUCUAUGAAAGAAUGGGAAAAUACAAUUGAAUCUUCAUAGUGAAGAAAAAUACAAUUCAAGUUACAUUAUAGGAGUCUAGUAUAGUAGUGGCCUGAAAAACAGGCAUAGAAGUGUGGAAUUCAACUGUCAUUUUUUUGAGCAAGACUCAACAUAUCUAAUUUAAAAACCAAGUUAUUAAAGGUCCAUAAAUCUAAAGUGCAAUAAAUAUUUUCGUAUAUCUGAUGCUUGGCUCACAUGUAACAUGCAUUUGCUUAAAAUUUUAUUUUCUGAAUACUCACAAACAAACCCAUGCUAAACCAUGAAGAUUCUAACUUCAGGCAGCUCAGCAGAUAGUUAGUUAACUCAGCUAUAGCUUCAUAGUUAUACAGCACAGAAACAGACCCUUCGGUCCAACUCAUCCAUGCCAAUCAGAUAUCCUAAACUGAUGUAGCCCCAUUGACUACCAUUUGGCCUAUAUCCCUCUAAAUGCUAUUCAUGUACCCAUCCGGAAGCCUUUUAAUUAUCAUGAUUGUACCUGCCUUCACCACCUCCUCUAGUAGCUUGUUCCAAACACGCAACACCCUCUGUUUGAAAACGUUGCCCCACAGGUUCUCUUUAAAUCUGUCCCCUCUCACCUUAAAUUAAUGCCUCCUAGUUUUGACUCCUCUGCCUUGGGAAAAAGGCAUUGGCUAUACACUCUAUCCAUGCCCCUCAUGAUUUUACAAACCUCUACAAAAUCACCCUUCAACAUCCAAUGUUCCGUCAAUAAAAGACCCAGCCUAUUCAACCUCUCCCUAUUGCUCAAACCCUCUAAUCCCAACAACGUCCUUGUAAAUCUUAACCCUUACAAAUUUAAUAAAAUCUUUCCUAUAACAAAGAGACCAGAAUUGAACAUAACAUUCUAAAAGUGACCCUCAUCAGUGGCUUGUACAGCUACAACAUGACAUCCCAACUCCCAUUCUCAAUGCAGUGACCAAGCAAGGCAAGCGUGCCACAAGUCUUCUUCACCACCCUGUCCAUCUGUGACUCCAUUUUCAAGGAAUUAUGCACCUAUACCCUUGGUAUCCCCAGGAAUCUGCCAUUAACUGUUUAAAAGCUGCCCUGAUUUGCAUUACCAAAAUGCAACACCCCACAUUUAUCUAAAUUAAAUUCCAUCUGCCACUCCUCAGCACACUGGCCUAUCUGAUCAAGGUCCCAUUGUACUCUGAGAUAAUCUUCUUCACUGUCCACUACACCACCAAUUUUGGGUCACCUGCAAACUUACUAACCAUACCUCUCACAUUCACAUCCAAACCAUUCAUAUAAAUCACAACAGGCAGUAGAUCCAAUACUGAACCUUGCAGCACACCGUUGGUCACAGAUCUCCAUUCCGAAAAACUCAAACCUCCAACACCACACUCUGUCUCCUAAUUGGCUAGCUCCCCCUGGAUUCCAAGUGAUCUAACCUUCUAACCAGUCAGCCAUGUGCAACCGCACCCAUGCUUUGCUGAAGUCCACAUGGACAACUACUGCUCUGCCCUCAUCAAUCUUCUUUGUCACUUCAAAAAGCUCAAUCAAGUUAGUGAGACACAAUUUUCCAUGCGCAAAGCCAUGUUGGCUACCCUAAUCAGUCUUGUCUUUCCAAGUCCUGUCUUUCAGAAUCCCCUCCAACAACUUAUAAACCACUGAUGUCAGGCUUAGCAGUCUAUAAUUCUCAGACCUUUCCUUACAGCAUUUCUUAAACAAUGGCACCACAUUAACCAACCUCUAGUCUUCCGGCCCUUACCAGUGGCUAUCAAUGAUGCAAAUAUCUCAGCAAGGGGCCCAGCAAUUUUUCCCUAGUUUCCCACAACAUUCUGGAUGCGCCUGAUUAGGUCCUGAGGAUUUAUCCACCUUUAUGCAUUUUAAGAUGUUCAGAAUCUCCUCUUUCAUAAUAUGAACAAACACUUUUCAAGGUAUCACCGCUUAUUUCGUCAAGUUGUCUAGCUUCCAUGUCUUUCUCCACAGUAAAUAUUGACACAAGAUUCUAGUUUAGUAUCUCACCAUCUCCUGUGGUUUCACACAUAGAUAGCCUUGUUGAACUUUAAGGGCCCCCAUUCUCUCCCUAGUUACCCCCUCGCCCUUAAUAUAUUUGUAGAAACACUUUGAAUUAUCCUACCCCUAUUUGCCGAAGCUAGCUUAUGUUUCCUUUUUGCCCUCCUGAUUUCCCUUUUAAGUAUACUCCUAUUGCUCUUAUACUUCUCUGGGGAUUCACUCGAUUCCACCUGCCAAUACAAAAAGUAUUACUCCUUUUUCUUGAUCAGACCCUCAAUUUCUGUGGUUGUCCAGCACCCCUACAUCUACCAGGCUUGCCCAUCGCAUUAACAGGAGCCUACUGUCUCUGAACCCUCAUUAUCUUAUUUUUGAAGGCCUCCCAAUUUCCAACCAUGGUUUUACCUGUGAAUAAACUCUUCUAAUCAACUUCUGAAAAUUGCUGCCUAAUACUGUCAAGAUUGGCCUUACUCCAAAAUAAAACGUUAACUUUUGGAUCAGGCCUAUGCUUUUCCACAAUUAUUUUAAAACUCUCACAACAUCAGGUUGUAGUCAUUUCACCUGAAAAAGGAGCAGUGCUGUGAAAGUCUGUGAUUUCAAAUAAACUUGUUGGACUAUAACCUGAUGUCGUAUGACUUCUGAUCUUGUCCACCCUGUUCCAACACUGGCACUUCGACAUCACAUUUUAAAAUGUGUAGAAUUAUUUACACUAGCUCCAAAGAGCUCCCCACUGACACCUCCAUCAUUUGCCCUUCCUUAUUUCCCAAGGAAUGGUCAAGUUUUGUUCCUUUCUCUAGUAGGCGCACCCACAUAUUGAGUAAGAACAUCUUCUUGUCCACACAACACUAUGACAGUCACAGUCUAUGCUUGGAAGUACCAUUACAAUCCCAUUAUUCUUAUAGAUGUUUGAGAUCUCCAUACAGAUUUGCUUCUCAAUUUCCUACUGAAUGUUCAGGGACCUAUAAUACAAUCCUAAUAAGGUGAUCGUCCCUUUCUUUUUCUCAGUCCCAUGCCGAUAACUUCACUCUUUAUUCCCCCUGGAAUAUCCUCCCUAAGUAAAGCCAUAAUGUUAUACUUAACCAAAAAUGCUACUUCCCCUCCUGUUUUGAUGGUUGGGUAUUCCAAGUUGGCUAAUCCAAGUUAUUUUUCCAUUGGUUAAUAUCACAAAUCACCUUAAUAACAUGAAUGGUUAAGAAACAGGACCUUUCUUUUCUCAUUUAAGUGCUUCAAAUGUAAUAAUUAGAAAUUGCGUCUUCAUCAACGUUAUCACACCUAGCUUAAGUACCAUCUGGGUUUUACUUAAACUGUGUUAAGUAAUAUCAUGAAAUAGUUACCAAGCAUCAAAAGUGAUGGCAUUUCAAUUUUCAUUACCAUCAUAGCUGUUUUAAUUAUUGUAAGCAAAUAUCAAAGCGUAAGAUCUCUUAACCAGUUUGAUGUUCCAGUUAUAUUGCUGUAAAAUUCACCAAAGUAAUUUGAAACUAAAUACAGCAAAAACAUAUCAGUGGCAUUUUGAAUGUGAUUAACUAAGAAACAGACAAAUGAUAAAGAUCCUAAUUGUUAAACCAUAUUACUCAGUAACAAAUAACACUUCAAAUACUGUUAAAUCCUUGUCCCUUCUGAAAUUAUAGAAUUACUCCAGACUCGGAACUGAUAAGUAAAAUGAAUGUUGUCUUUUGCAGUGUCCUUAAGAGCAUUCUUAACAUAUCAUUGUAUAAUUUUACAUAAUUAGAUUUCCGACACAUCUUGUCAAAGCUUUUCAUCUUGUACUCAUCAGAAUAAUCAAUAAGAAUACCAAUAUGAAAGGGAAACAUUUAUACUGAAUGAGAGCAGAGUACAGAUUCAUUGGCAAGUGGAUUUAAAUGGUUGCGGCACUGGCAAGCAGCCAACUGUUAAACAUCAUUUGAAUGAUGUAUUGUCAAUGGCAAUACUUCUACCAAUCAGAGUUCACUUUUCAACCAAUCACUGCUCUGCUCUCAUCUCGUAAAAAUGUUAUGCUCCUUAUACAUUGAUAUUCUUUCUUGAUCCUGAUGAGUGCAAAAUGAAAAGCUUUGACAAAUUUCUUUUUUUAACAGCAAUAUUUAACUAAAUGACUGAUUAGAUUUUGGUUAUCACCUUUCUGAAAAUAGCUAGGAAUUGCCGUAUUAUCUGCAAAUUUGGCAAAAUGCUUUUAUCCAUUCAGAAUACAUUAAACUCUGGAGCCAUCUGCCUCACAUUAGGAGUAUAAGAAGACUUGAGUAAAGGCUAUCUAGUUUGCCUGGCACCAUCCUGGUAGUCACAUAAUACAAUAGUAAUGAAGUUCCUGACUGAUCAUGACAAUAAAUUUCAUUGGUUGACAGCAGAUCCAGGCAUAAGGUGAAAAAGUCCUAAUUGUAAAGAAAUUUGCAAACCGUCUAUUCAAAUUUACUUGCUGCUUUCUAACAUAAUUACAGCUACCAUAUGUCAUAUCUCAGAUUAAUCAUAUACCCUUGUUACUAAUAUUUAUUGUUGAAAGAAAAUUACCAACUUUAAUUUAAACAAGUCAAUGUAAACAGCAAAUAGUAUUAUUAGGGAGCUUAUUCCAUUGGUUAGGUAUUUGGUUCAGAGAUAUGCUUUUGUAGAUUAAUUUUGAAUUUACUUCCAAAUUCCAGUCCAACACUUUCCAGUGCAGGUUGUGUUGUUUUGAUUCUGUUAUUCUGAGCGUGGUGAAAUAGCCUAUCAUCAUUUAAAACAUUUAAAGACAUAAAGACAGAGUUUAUAUCAUUUAUUUUCUUGUGCUCAAUUUAUACAAUUGCUCCGUAUAAUCCAACCCAUUUAAUUGUUCAACCAUUCAGGUUGCUGUCUUGUGCAGUUUUUCAACAAUAUCAUUCACAGUGUUUUCUUACUGCUACUGAAACCAGAACUGUAUACAAUACACUAGCGUUAAGAAACAAGCCAGGGUAAACUUUAUAGUUCUAUGUCUUGUUUUCCGACAAAAGCAUGGAAGAACUACUUGUAAUGUCAAAGGUAUGACUUUUUUUUAAGUUAGGUUCCACCAUUGCAAAAUGGAAUUGUAAUUUAUAAUUAAAAGGGAAACAUUUCAUAAAGAAGCACUUGGAAAAUCUUCUUUCAUUCAUGUUGAACUAUAAUGAAUUACAACCAUUUGUAAUUGCCUACAGCAACAUAAAAUGGAAGUUGCUGCACAAAAUCCAGUCCAUCCGCACACUUUGAUUGCAUUGCAUGAAUGAUUUUAACAGAUGGACCCUUCUAACCCAUCUGAAAAUUGUGAUCUGGCAUUUGAAGAUUUUGCAACUAUGCUGUAGCAUAGCAGUGCCUAAAAUCAAAUUUACGUGGCUAUUCAAAAUGUAGCAGAAAGUUACUGCAGAUGCUGGAAUCUGUACUGAAAGCAACAAAUGCUGAAGAUCACAGCAGGUCAGACAGCAUCCAUGGAAAGAGAGCAAGCUAACAUUUCAAGUCUGAAUAAGUCUUCAUCAGAGCUGAAGUGAAGUGUGAAGGGGACAACAUUUAAGCUACAGUUUGGUGGCAGGGUGCUGGCAGAGAAAAGGCUUUGAUAGUUCAGAUUAAGUGAUCCUUUAUUUGCUUAUGGGAUGAGGACGUCGCUGGCUAGGCAGCAUGUAUUGCCUAUCCCUAAUUGCUCAGAGGGCAGUUCAGAGUCAACCACAUUGCUGAGAGUCAGGAGUCGCACGUAGGCCAGACCAGGGAAGGAUGGUAGUUUCCUUCCCUAAAGGACAUUAGUGAACCAGAUGGGUUUUUCCUGAAAAUUGACAAUGAAUUCAUGGUCUUCAUUAGAUUCUUAAUUCCAGAUUUUUUUGCUGAAUUCAAAUUCCACCAUCUGCCAUGGUGGGAUUUGAAUCUGGAUCCCCAGAAUGUUACCCAGAUCUCUGGAUUAACAGUCCAGCAAUAAUACCGCUAGGCUAUUGCCUCCCCUGGAAUGUGGGAAUGUGAGAACGCCAGAGCAUCUUAUCUUCAGACUAAAAUAACAACGUGUGCAGCUGGAUGAACAC